UCGAUCUGAUCCAUACUGGUCAGCCUAUAUGGAAAGCUUUUGUAAGCUCGUUUGUGAGAGAAAUAGGAGACCGCUUCUCAUUUUAAAUCACUGGAGAUUAUAGAAAACAGCUUGAAAAAUGCGACAACGCAUUUCGGACAGAGACUAUUGGAAUUUAUAUUGAAGAGAGAGGGGUCAUCCUUCCUUAUCACAAAUGGACACAUGCACUUUCUAACAUCGAGGACCUUUGACUGUUUCAUAGUAACGUAGUGUAGCUUACUGGACGUUAAGUUGUCACCAUGGUAAACACAAUAACUAAUCUGCUUUUACUGUGGCGUGGAUAUGUUCCAGCAGGCCGUUACCUUGACAUAAGAUCGUUUGUUGCGGUCUGUGACGAUAUUUAAACGUGGACUUCCUUUAUUUAUAAUAUAUGUAGACCGGAGAACGGCCCAAAGUGUUUGGGGACGAACAAGUAGCAAAGUAGCUUCAUCGACGGCGUUUUCAUCAAGAUGAAGGUGAAAUGGGUGACAUUUUUUCUGACGGCUGUGCUCAAGACGCAGGUGUGCGAGGCGAAGGACACGGGUUCAGAGUCUCUGACAGAGGCGGAAAUGGACGUUUCCGCACAUAUGCCGGAGCUUGGAGAAGUUUAUUCACAUCGAAACUUGUCGGAAGACCUACAAAUCAUUAAGGAUUUCCACAAAACCUCAUCCAGAGACUGCAACACACGCACCCGCUACUACAGUCUAGACGGGUGGUGCAACAAUCUGCAGCAUCACCAGUGGGGUGCAACUUUCCAGCCCUUCGUUAGGCUUCUACCCAAUCAGUACAGUGACGGUAAGGUGGUCCCUAGAGUGUACAGCGAGGGCUCGGGGGAACCUCUGACCAGCACUCGCCUGGUGUCCACCGAGUGCAUGCCGUGCGUGCGCAAUGAGACGAUGGAGGAUGUGUCGCGGAUCCACAGCCAGAUGUUGAUGCAGUUCGGACAGUUCCAAUCCCACGACACUGGGGCUACGCCAGCUCUAGAAGGUGCAGACUGCUGCAAAGGUCUAAAUAAAGAUGGCUUUCACCCAGACAUGUACAAUAGGGGGCCCUGCUUUCCUAUACCAGUGCCAGAGCACGACCGAUAUUUCAACAGAUGCAUUCCCUUCACCCGCUCUCUCUUUGUGUUGGACGAGAAUGGUGUGGCCCAGCAGAUCAACUCCGCGACCUCGUUUGUGGACGCCUCCGUUGUAUACGGGUCGAGCCUAAAAGCCAGCAAUGCACUGAGAGCAUGGACAAGAGGUCACCUGAAAUUGUCUGGGAGAAACAUGUUGCCUCUGAGUAAAAAACAGAAAUGUAUGGUCACCAAUCAUAAGAACUCCUGUCCUUUAGCAGGUGACAUGAGGGUCAACGUGUUUCCUGGGCUGACCGCCAUGCACCUCCUCUGGCAUCGCGAGCACAACCGCUUGGCUGACAUGCUGCGAAGUCGCCAUGACGACUGGGACGACGAGAGGCUGUUCCAGGAAGCACGCAGAAUCCUCAUCGCGGAGAUGCAGAGUGUGGUGUACGGCGAGUACCUUCCCAUCAUCCUCGGGCCCUGGGUCACGAACUUCUUUCGCCUGAACAGCCCCGCCAAGUACAACCCGAAUCUAAAUCCUACCACCAUCAACAGCUUCACAACGACAGCAUACCGCUUCGGUCACUCCCAGAUCAACAAUGAAUUCUUAGUCCAGCACGGCGGCUUUGCAGUUCCGAUUAAAAGCAUGUACUUUAGGCCAGACCUUGUCUACAACCAAGGUGAAGAGACCCUAACGGGCCUGCUCAUCUGCUUGCUGAAUAAAGCCGGACAGAAGUCGGACGACAGGUUUUCCGAGGGUGUCUCGGACUUCCUCUUCUUCGGGGUGGACCGACCCGGCGCCAGCUCGGACCUGAUGGCCAGGAACAUGCAGCGGGGUCGCGAUCACGGGUUGCCGCCCUACUACCAGUACAUGAUACAACGUAUGGAGGCCUUCGGAGUGUCUCGCUUCAGAAGUAGGCUUCGUCUCUCCAGCUGCGUCGACAAGGUGUACAGAUCUCUACGAGACGUGGAUCUCUUCCUGGGAGGGAUGGAAGAGAAACUAGUUCGCGGCGGAGAAGUGGGUCCAACCUUCGCCUACAUAAUCGGAAAACAGUUUCAGAACUUUCGCGAAGGUGAUCGAUUUUUCUACGAUAUCCAAGGUUCUGCAGCUGGCUUCACAGAAGCUCAAAUACGAAGCAUAAAGACGAUCACCAUAGCAAAUCUUAUUUGCCGAAACUCGGAGAUCACAAGGAUCCAGAAAAAGGCGUUCUUUCUGCCCAAUGUAAAACGAAAUCCAGAAGUUGACUGCAAAGACAUACCAGAUCUGGACUUUACCCUCUGGUAACUUAAUGUUCAUUCAAGCUUGUAGUCUCGAAGUCUGCUGAAGGAGAAAGUACAAUAAACGUUGUACGAGUUA